UUAUGCCGAAAAGAAUAUCUGGUGUUCUUCCUACAGAAUAUCAAUGCUCUGCUCAUUGGAUUGCAGAUAUCAUUCUGACUUCGCACGGUGAACUCCGCCUAUAUCUGACGCCUAAUAUGGGGCGUUUGCUUCGAAAGCCAUACAGGAACUAUUUUUAUGUACUUCUGAUGGUAAUCUCUGUAACAGAUGCCUCAAACGUCGUCGAUGUGCGUGGAAAAAUUCUCAGCCACAAUAGAGGACUGGCUUAUGCCAAGUUCAAAGCUCACAAAUUUUCCUACCUAAACAUCACUGGCAUUGGUUCAAGUUAUGUUCCCGAUGGCAUUGAGUGUGGACUUGCUUGUGUCAGCAUACCUUCAUGCUUCUCCUUUAACCUGGCUGCAUUUCAUGACAUCAUUGGUAAACUGCUGUGUGAAUUACUUCCAUCAGACAUGUACAACAACUCGGACAAGUUUGCCGCCAGUCACAGUCACCAUCACUUCAGUGUCACAUCUCCUUGCAUCAGUUGGCCUUGUCAAAAUACAGGAACUUGUACCCCGCAGUACGAGGAAAACAGCUACGUGUGUCUUUGUGCGAAAGGAUACAAAGGGAAACACUGUGAAAUCGAGAUUGAUGAAUGCUCUCAGGGCUCGCACACUUGCGAUGUCAAUGCUUAUUGUAACAACACUGUGGGAUCCUACAGAUGCACUUGUAAGCCACACUAUUAUGGAAACGGAGAAAUCUGUAAACCUUUUGCUCUGAAUGCAUCCGCCAUUCUCAGGAAUCUUGACUACAACAAGUACCUGGGAAUAUUGAGGUCUUAUUUGAGUCCAGUUCUCAUGGAUUUAGACCACAGUGUAUUCGUGAGAUGCUGGCAUGCCAAGACAGACGGAUGGGCGGCAGCGACAUUUCACAACAACUGCGAUGGAAAGGGACCCACAGUGACAAUCAUCCAGGUUAACUCUCACAUAUUUGGUGGAUAUACUAAUGUACCGUGGAGUGGGAACCCGUGCCGUUACGUUCCAGGCAAUAAGUCCUUUAUCUACUCGCUUCACAAUAUCAAUGGAUAUUCACCGGUGAAACUCACUCAAAGUGGUUAUUCCAAUGUUAUCAUGUGGGACUGUUCCAAUUCUGGACCCUCGUUUGGAGGAGGAGAUAUCAGAUUAGCCAGCGACGCCGUCAACAACAAUGAGUCAUACACCCAUUGUGGACACACGUACACCGCUCCCCCUGGAUACACGCAUGCCGACUGCCCAUUUUUUGCCGGUAGUUUUCGGUUCUCUCCUACCAACAUCGAAGUAUUCUAUGAAAAGCUACCUUAAAAAUUUUGUCACUGCAAUUGCCUUCAGGAUAUGCAUCAGCAGACAACUAAGAAAACUGAUGCACUCAUCUUCCUUUGCACUCAUGCACAGUUUUUUUUUUUAUAACUGCAAUACACUUUUAGAUUAUUUUGUAAGUUGUCAAGUUAUAAAUAGGGACCUUUAGCAAACCACGAUGGCGACGGCAACGAGAACGUGGCAAAACAAAAGAUCUAAUGAGCAGAACAGUAGCUCAGGACGUGCGUUCUAAAACUAUGUACAUUUCCUAGCAGACCACUGCAAAAUAAAAACGUGAAAUCAUCAAACUUUGCGUGGUCCGAGAAAGGAAACCCCGACGGCAGAUUAUUUAAGUUUCUAUUUGGAACUCAACGCCGCUCUCAUACGUUAUGCUGAGGUUCACUUGCGGCGCCAUAAGAGAAGGUAAGCACAUCCAGUCAUUUGCGAAAUUCCAACUGAAAAUAUGAAUUCAUUUUUAUAUCGAUGUCUUUCUUGGCGUUGCUGUCCUAACUGCUAAAGGUCCCUAAUCAUAACUGGACGACAGUGUGAAUCUGCAUUUCUACGGAAUACAGUAUGAAUACAUCACAUGUUGUAACUGAAGUUUUCUGAACUCGUGUUUACUCACUUUAAUUAAUAUGCUUUUUGUGUUAA